AUGUUUAACCAACAUUUACAUCUUUCUUAUUUUGAUGUAAAAAUAAAAUCUCAUCAUAAAAAUUUAUUGCUAAUAAAAGGAAAUGAAUUUGAAGUAGAACAUGUACUAUUGGAAGGUAGUGUUAAAAUUUCAUCAAAGGAAGAUAUUCAUGUCAAAAAGAUCAAAUUAAAUUUAAUUGGUGAAUUUUAUUAUGAGUAUAUGCUGAAAGAAACUCAUGAACAAUUUUUAGAUAGAUUAUGUGUUUUGAAAAUUGAUUGGGAUAAUUUAUUAUGUGAUGAUGAAGGGAAAGUCGUAUUUGGAAAUUAUGGAGAUGGAACUAUACCAAUGUAUAAAUUAAAAAAAGGGACAGUGAGUGAUGCCUCGGGAAAUACUUCUGGAACUUCAAGUCCAAGACCUCAAUAUCAUAGAACUAAAUCAACUCCACAAUUUAACGUAAAUGGAACUUCAAAAGCAGCUUCUAAGAUUGUUCAAAUUCCAAAAUCAGGUAUCGAUGGAACACCAUUCAAAGAUUUGAAAGAUUCUUCAUUACAUUCCUUUUUAUUACCAAAAGGAAAUUAUAGUUUACCUUUCAAAGUAUAUUUACCAGCAAGUGUCUCCGAAACUGUUGAAAGUUUGCCAAUAGGUACAUUAUUAUACAAACUACAAUGUUCAAUAGAAAGAGGAAGGUUUGAAAGAGCACAUCAGAUAAGUAAACAUAUUAGAAUAGUUCGAACUUUACAUCCACAAAAUAUGAACUUAUGUGAUUCAAUAGAUGUUAAUAAUACUUGGGUUGGUAAAUUACAAUAUUGUGUCAGUAUGCCCAAAAAGGGAGUAGCGAUUGGUUCGACGGUGCCAAUACACAUAACUAUUGUACCUAUAGCUAAAGGACUAAGUAUAAAAGCAAUUAAUGCAUGUAUAGUAGAGCAUUAUCAUAUACAACUUGAAAAUCAAAGAUCUCCGGAAUAUGAAAGAUUAUGCGGGAAACAGCCAUUAACAAUUCCACCAAAUUCAGAUAUUGAAUAUGAUAGAUGGGUUAUAAAAACACAUUUCAAAGUGCCAAAUCAAUUGAAACAAAUUACUCAAAGUUGUGAGACUAAAAAUAGUAUGAUUGUUGUAAAACAUAGAUUAAGAGUUGCCAUUCAACUAAAGAAUAAAGAAGGACAUACAAGUGAGCUAAGAGCAAAUUUACCAAUAUAUGUUUACAUAAGUGCAAACAUCGGUCAUGUGGUGGGUAGACAUUAUGACGUAGACAAUCAUCAUGGAACUUUCCAAUUAGAUUACAAAAAGGAAGAUGUUUUGUUUCAUAAGAAAGAAUCUGCUCCAACAACACCUGCUGUGUCAGAUGAUGAAGACGAGGGAGAAGAAGAGGAAGAAGAAGAGGAAAAUGAAGAAGGUGAUAAUUUAGAUAGAGAAGAUACUGCUCCACCUUUAUAUGAAAAGCAUAAAUUUGAUAAAAUAUAUGAUAUGAAUCUACCACAAACUCCUAUGGAACAAUUAAGAUCACAAUCAGGUACACCAUUAGCUUCCGCAAAUAAUUCAGUCACCAACUUGAGUGAAUAUUUUGAUAUACCGAUCGCAAAAGCUAUAGAGAUGAAUAAUAAGAAACUCAAGAAAAGAAACAAAAGUGUUGAUUUUUCCCAUAUCCCAUCAUAUAAUGAAGCAAUAGAUGAUGACGAUGAAGAGGAUAGUUAUAUACAAGAUGGAUUUGCACCAACUUAUACAGACGGGAGUGGAAGUGAAAGUGCUAGUUUAAAGUCAGGAUCUACUACACCAAUAAAGAUAAUGAGUAAUCCAAAAUUAAAUAACAGUACUGGUCAUUUCAAGUUAUCUUUGAAACACGCAUCUACACCUAACUCUAGAUCUAAUUCUUUUGUGAAAUUAGAUAAGUUAGCUCCAGAUUCUCCAAAAUUAGGUGGUAGAUUCUUUAAAAAGAAAGACAAAUAG